AUGCAGCUGAAGACAGAAGAUGGGCUAGGGAGAAGAGGAGACAGUAAGGAGACAGACAGCAGCAACAGAAACAACAGACGAAGACUGAGAGAAAAGGAGACAGAAGGAGACAAAAGGAGACAGAAGGAGACAGGAGGAGACAGAAGGAGAGAGGUGGGGACAGAAGGAGACAGAAAGAGACAGAAGGAGACAGAAUUAGACAAAAGGAGACAGAAGGAGACAGGGGGAGACAGGAGGAGACAGAUGAAGGGGGGGACAGGAGGAGACAAGAGGAGACAGGAGACAGGAGGAGACAGGAGACAGGAGGAGACAGACAACGAAAGGAGACAAACAAAAAAGGAGACAGGCAAAACCAGGGAAAGAGACAACAAAGCAAGCAAGCAGAGAGACAGAAAAAAAAAGAGAGACAGACAUACACACCUUGCGGCCCUCCUGAAGCAGCAGCAGCAGCAGCAGCAGCGACGGCAGCAGCAGCAGCAACAGCAGCAGCAGCAGAAGCAGCAGCAGCAGCAGCAGCAGCAGCAGCGACAGCAGCAGCAGCAGCAACAGCAGCAGCAGCAGAAGCAGCAGCAGCAGCAGCAGCAGCAGCAGCAGAAGCAGAUGGGGUUAUGGUGA